UCCCUGCAUUCCCCUCCGGUGCCCAGAUGUCUGCAGACAUGGCCAUGGAACAGGUAAACGGGAACGGCCCGGAGGAACCCAUUGACACCCCGGAGGUGAGCCGCUCCGAACACUUCGCAGCUCUGCUGGAGGCCGGCCUCCCUCAGAACGUGGCCGAGAAGCUGGACGAGCUCUACGUAGCAGGCCUCGUAGCUCACAGCGACCUCGACGAAAGAGCUCUUGAAGCUUUGAAAGAGUUCAAUGAGGAGGGAGCCCUGCAGGUGCUGGUCCAGUUCAAAGAGAGCGAUCUGUCACACGUGCAAAACAAAAGUGCCUUUCUCUGUGGGGUGAUGAAGACUUACAGGCAGAGGGAGAAACAAGGGACCAAAGUUUCAGAUUCCACGAAAGGACCAGAUGAGGCCAAAAUCAAGGAGCUCCUGGACAGAACAGACUACACACUCGACGUAACAACGGGCCAACGGAAGUAUGGCGGACCCCCGCCGGAGCCGGUGUACUCGGGGGCCCAACCCAACGUGGGAACAGAGAUAUUUAUCGGGAAGAUUCCCCGCGACUUGUUUGAAGAUGAACUGGUCCCUCUCUUUGAGAAGGCCGGGCCCAUCUGGGACCUGAGGCUAAUGAUGGACCCGCUGAGCGGCCUGAACAGGGGCUACGCUUUCGUCACCUUCUGCACGAAGGAAGCGGCCCAGGAGGCGGUGAAGCUGUGCAAUAAUCACGAGAUUCGCCCCAACAAGCACAUCGGGGUGUGUAUAUCCGUCGCCAACAACCGGCUAUUCGUUGGCUCCAUUCCCAAGAGUAAAACAAAGGAGCAGAUUGUUGAGGAGUUUGCUAAAGUCACAGAGGGCCUCAGUGACGUCAUACUGUACCAUCAACCCGAUGACAAGAAGAAGAACCGGGGCUUCUGCUUCCUGGAGUACGAAGACCACAAGACGGCUAUACAACCAGAGGAGUCGCCCCCUGGUGUGCGAUGGCGAGCGGCUCAGACCAGACUCUCCUGCAGCGCUCCAACAGGUGAGGAAAAGCCCCGCCCCUCCAUGCUGCGACACCUGACCUCCAAAAUAAAAGCCACAGGUCCGAUCACGGUGGCGGAGUACAUGAGAGAGGCGCUCACCAACCCGGUGACGGGUUAUUAUGUGAGGAACGACAUGCUGGGACCCGACGGAGAUUUCAUCACAUCGCCAGAAAUCAGCCAGAUCUUUGGAGAGCUGCUCGGCGUCUGGACCCUCAGCGAGUGGAUGGCAGCCGGUCGCCCCAAACGGCUGCAGCUGGUGGAGCUCGGACCCGGAAAAGGAUCUUUAGCCGGGGACGUCCUCAGAGUGUUCAGUCAGUUGCGGUCCGUGGUGGGCGGAGCCUCGGUGUCGCUUCACCUGGUCGAGGUAAGUCCGGUGCUGAGUCGUCUUCAGGCCCAGAAUCUGACCGGCAGCCGCAACCGGGAGGCGGACGGCGAGGACCAGCUGGUGUACCGCCGCGGGGAAACCGCCGCCGGGGUCCCGGUGUCCUGGUACCGCCGCCUGGAGGACGUCCCCUCAGGUACACGGGACGAUACCGGCUUUCCCCUCAGUGCCUCGACACAUAAGAGAGAGAGUACAAGUGUAACUUUAGUGAUGUGUUGGUUCUGGUGCCCCCUGUGGACUAAAGUGGUAGUGUUGGUUCUGGUGCCCCCUGUGGACUAAAAGAAUUAAAUAACAAUAAUCUGUCACAAUAAAUCUGAGAUGUAAAGAAAACAGUAUUUCAAAAUAACCUCAAACAAACAUUUCUGACAUUGCUACUUAGUGAUACAGAUUAUGUUGCAGAGCUUUAAUAUCACAAUAUUGACAGAAUAAUUCACAAUGUUAUUGAGAUGCCGUUAAAAUAUAUAAUAUAUAUAAAAUGAUUUUAGACGUUAUCACAUUUCAACCAGGCGGCGA